AUGCAUCCACAAUUGUCGGACAAACGAACAGUUUGCUGGGAGUUCAUCCAAGCUCUGGAAAUGUGCCAUAUGAGCACUUGGGCAAAGUUCUCGGGUGGUUGCAAUACCCAGAAGGAUGAACUGAAUAAAUGCCUGCGGAAGGAGCGGAUAGCACGGACUACCAGAAAUCGCGAGGCUGCAAAGGAGCAGCGUGCCAAAACAGAGCAGGCGUGGAAGGACUUUAAUGAAGACUAG